CUGCGGAGCUCCUUCAAGCAGGCCUUCAGCAAGAAGAAGUCCCCCAAGUCGGCCUCCUCGCACUCGGACAUCGAGGAGAUGGCCGACUGCUCGCUGCCCUCCUCGCCCAAGCUGUCGCACAACGGCUCUGCGUCGGGCGGCCACAUGCUCAGGAACACCCACUCCAACUCCAUCCUGUCGGAGUGCCUGGACAGCGAGGCGGAGACGGUGAUGCAGCUGCGCAGUGAGCUCCGGGAGAAGGAGAUGAAGCUGACGGACAUCAGGCUGGAGGCGCUGAGCUCCGCCCACCAGCUGGACCAGCUCCGCGAGGCCAUGAACCGCAUGCAGAUCGAAAUCGAGAAGCUGAAGUCGGAGAACGACCGUCUGAAGCUGGACAGCCACGGCUGCAGCCGGGCCGGCUCCCAGGUCUCCAUCUCCUCCUCCCCUCACCACACCACCCAGAACCCAGGCCCCGGGCCGGGCCUGUCGGAGCACAGCCUCAACCUCACCACCAGCGAGUCCACCAGCCUGGACAUGCUCCUGGACGACACCAGCUGCGACGGGGGGGGAAGGAAGGAGGGGAGGCACGUCAAGAUCGUGGUCAGCCUGGACCACGAGGACAGCCAGUGGGCGGAGCAGGAGAUUCGGCCACGGGACUUCCUGAUUGGCUGCAUCGGAGUGAGCGGGAAGACCAAGUGGGACGUCCUGGACGGGGUGGUCCGGCGGCUGUUCAAGGAGUACGUGACCCACGUGGACCCCAGCAGCCAGCUGGGUCUGUCCACGGACAGCGUGGAGGGCUACCGCAUCGGGGACAUCCAGCGGCUGAGCGCGCACGGCUCGGCCCAGGCCCCGGAGCUGCUGCCCUGCGGCUACCUGGUGGGGGACAGCAACACCAUCAACAUCCGCCUCAAAGACGUGAACUGCGACAGCGUGGACUCCCUGGUGUUCGACACGCUGAUCCCGCGCCCCGUGCUGCAGCGCUACGUCUCUCUGCUGCGGGACCACCGCCGCAUCAUCCUGUCGGGGCCCAGCGGCACGGGCAAGACCUUCCUGGCCCACCAGCUCUCCCGCCACCUGCUGCGGCAGGAGGGGCGCACGCCCAGCCCCCGCACCGUGCACACCUUCAACGUGGACCACAAGUCCAGCAAGGAGCUGCGGCAGUACCUCUCCAGCCUGGCGGAUCAGUGCAGCGGGGAGCCGGCGUCAGAGAGCCCCCUGGUGGUCAUCCUGGAUAACCUGCACCACGUCAGCUCCCUGGGGGAGAUCUUCAACGGCCUCUUCAGCAGCAAGUACCAGUACUGCCCGUACAUCAUCGGCACCAUGAGCCAGGCCACGUCCUCCGCCCCUAACCUCCAGCUGCACCACAACUUCAGGUGGGUGCUGUGUGCCAACCACCUGGAGCCGGUGAAAGGCUUCCUGGGCCGCUUCCUGCGCAGGAAGCUGAUCGAGACGGAGAUCGGCAGCCGCUCGCGCAACCUGGAGCUGGUGAAGGUCAUCGACUGGAUGCCACGCGUGUGGCACCACCUCAACCGCUUCCUGGAGGCACACAGCUCCUCCGACGUCACCAUCGGCCCCCGUCUGUUCCUCUCCUGCCCCAUGGACGUGGAGGGCUCCCGGGUGUGGUUCACCGACCUGUGGAACUACUCCAUCAUCCCCUACAUGCUGGAGGCCAUCAGGGAGGGGCUGCAGCUCUACGGUCGCCGGGCAGCCUGGGAAGACCCCGCCCACUGGGUGAUUGACACCUACCCCUGGUCGGCCACGCCCACCCCAGCCGAUUGGCCGCCGCUGCUGCAGCUCCGCCCAGAGGACGUGGGGUUUGACGGUUACUCCGCCCCAAGAGAGGGGGCCCGCAAAGACCCCCCCCAGAGCGACAGUGAUGCAGACCCGCUGAUGAACAUGCUGAUGAGGCUGAAGGAGGCGGCCACGUCCUCCAGCCCCCACAGCUACGACAGCGACUCCAACAGCAACAGCCACCAGGACGACCUGCUGGACUCCUCCCUGGAGUCCACCUUGUGACAGAAGUAACCCUCAGGCUCUGGGUUCACUCUCCGGUCACAUGGUGGUUGUUUUCUAAACCCUUUUUUUAUUUGCGUUGAGAAUGUGAAUGAUUGAUUUUCCUCCCCAAAAAAUGAAACAUGCCACCUUGGUUUGGAUGCGGGUCAUCCACACGGGACACUAAUGAAUGGACGAGUGCACAGAGAGAGAGAGAGAGAGAGUCACAGAGGAGUUGUGUUUCACUGUUUGUGUGUCCUAACCGCAGUGCCCCAGUGGCAUCUUUCCGAGACACCUGUGCUCCGAUUGUUCUUCAGAGUUAACGUUCACUAGAUCAUCGUCGAUACCUCCUCACUGGAGCAGCCGUGCGUCGCGUUUAAUGAGGAAACGCUGCCGUAAUAAUCAAUGGCUCCACUGGCCACCUUGCGUCGCGUCCAACGGCUCCGUCAAAGCCAAACACAUCGGCGGGCUUCAGUUGUCAUCGGCGAACACUAUCAUCCACUCACCACUGUCACUCAUAAAGGAUGACACCAUGGCAGGCGAAGUAAUUUGUUUGUGAACGCGCCCAGUGGAGAACGACCUGAGAUUCGGCCACCAACUGCAGUACGCCACUCCUCCCUGUAGAUGGCGCCACAGGUUCACCUCUACUGGAGCACCGCACGUUUCACGGCUGGGUUUGGAGCUACCAGCGUUCAACAGCACAAAGGAGAGGGUCAGUGGAUUGAUUUGGAAACGUUUUUUAUUUUUUAUUGUUUGGAAUGGAAGGGUGUUCAACGGGUGUGAUUCCCCUUCCCCUGCACGUGGGAAGUCACAACACUUCCCUUAUAGUUUAACGAGGCACUCUCUGUGUCUUUGCAUUGCAUUUCAUGGACUCACCCCUCAUCAAACCUUGAUGUCCUUGGGCCCUCAGGGGCCACCGUAGCACAAGUGUAUUUUGGUGCUGGACUGAACUGAAAAACCAAUGCCUUACUCUUUUGCUCUUUUGUAACAGACGAUGUGCAUUAGCUACUUGGUUACCUGUCUACAUAGCUGUAAGAGAAUUACAAUAUACACAAAACGUAUAGGGCUCGGUGCGCACUCUCCAGAGACCUGUGCUCUCACAGGUCCUCAGAGAGGCAACCUUUUUUUUUGUUCACGUCAGAAAGCAGUACCACAGAGUGGAAGAGGAGCAGGUGGAAAAGCAGGACUUUUAAAAGAUGUUUAAUCAAUGUGUAUGCAUGUUGAGACCCAGAUGUAAAUAUUUGGACAACCAGCAAAGAAAAUACUAAAGUAAAAGAGUUUAAAGUCAACUCCCCCAAUGUUGUGUAUCGGUGCGGUCGGGGGAAGAUAAGGAUAAUUCCUAUUUUCUGUCCAUACCUCAUCGUCCUUAUCUAUGGAACCUGUGUGCGCUUUGUGUCCAUGCUUGACUUCUGUUCCAAUCGGUGGUUUGUGAUGAACACACUAUUGCCACGCUAUACAUGUCGGAUCAGUUAUGUGAAAAAUAUUGUACGUUUGCUGCUUUGUUAAUAAAUAAUAGUGAUAUAAUUUACUUGGUGUUGAUGAUAUAAAGGUAACAGUGGCUGAUUAACAAAUAGCCCAGUGGUCGUUUCCAGAAGAGCAACAUAGAAUAUAACAGAUCAUAUAUGGCUCAUCUGGAGAUUAACCUGGCUCUAUUUCUUUUUGUACAUUAACGUCAUGAAGUCGCUUUAAGUCGCGUUUCGCUGUGCAGUCUCAGUGUAUAUCGGUCACCAAUCCUAUGCAAGAUUCAUUCCGCUGUCGAGAUGGAAGCCAAACCUCCACGGUGCUCCACUGCAUUCAAACAAGAGUUGUGAAUACUUUGUUCUUGUAGUUCUUUAACCACCACGAUAAUGUCUGUGCUUUUUUCUUUUCUUUUUUGAAGAUGCUCUCUGGCAAUGUUAACCGAAAGCACAACGGAAACAGAGCCUGUACUUCUGUUCAGUUUUGUAUUAAGCCUGUCUGGAGAAGGGUGGGAUGAGGCAUUGAAUUGAGGUACUUAACAAACCCUAAUGAAUGUUUAGCAUUUUCUGCUAUGUACAUUUUUAUAUGUAACAUAACUUUGUAAAUGACUGAUGACCUUGCGACCUUUGAUUACUUUUUCUAGAUGAUUUGUAACAGUACUUGAAAAAGGUGUAUUUUGUGUACAGUCUCUAUUCAUGGGGGCUGGUGCGGUGGAGUUUCCCAUCGCUGGCCUGUGCAGGGCUUGGAGAAUGAACUCUGAUUUCACUGUACUAGUCUUAAGUUAUUGUGAUUCAAUAAAAUUAAUGAUUAUUUAUGGUU